UCCCAUGAUGCCUUGACUGCUUUGUGUGUGCAGGCUUCCCGCGGAAUUGGGAAGUUGACGCCGGAGUGUGGAGGGACAUUUAUAUAUAUAUAUACAUACAUAGAUUAUAUGUAUGUAUAUAUACAUACAUACACACACAUACAUAUGUACACACCUGCACAUUAAAGAUUACAAACUUAUUUAAAAACAAAACUCGAAAAAUCAAAUAUCGAAAUAAACAUUUAUUGGACAUAUCUGAUUCACACUGAGGGACAAUCGGGACAGACUGCCUAUAGCCAUCACAAAAUCAUAUUUAUCCUGGAAAUAAUACUAUUUAAAGGAAGAACAGAAGAGAACGGAACUACAGCGGUCUUUACACAGCCGGUAGAAGAACCGGUGAGGAGAGAAGGCCAACGGCCAUCAGCACCGAAUCAUUGCCAAUACCGUCUUGCCCCAGACAAACAACUAAGGGCUGAUACGAGGUAUUCCAGGUUAAGGGAUUUACAUAGAUCUUUACCCCUCCAAUUUCAUUGCACAGGUCUGUGUAUUUGCACCAUUAAAGGCGGGUGCUGUACUGGUGCAUGUUUGCAUACUAUCGCUACUACAUUUAUUACACCAAGACAUUUAUUAGCACACUAUAUUUACCCCUCUCUUCUUCUCAGUCUUUUAUCGUGUGUGUGUACAUAUGUAUAUAUGCUGCACCCUAUACAUAUGUGUUCCUCUUGUUUCUUCAGUUCUGUUUUUUACAUCGAUACUGGCAUACCUUGAACCAAUUCAAAAUCACUACUCGAACUUCACGGCCAUCGCACUGAAGCAUCAAUCAACAUUUCUUGCCACUGAACGAGCAUUAAUACUAGAAGACAAAAAGGCGGCAGAGACAAUUUUUUUUUAGUUAGACUUAGCUAUUAUUACGUUAUUAAUUUCAUUUUUUUACCUCUGCUAACGACACAGGUCGAGAGAUUGUGUUUAAUUAAAAGUCACGAAGCAACUAACAACAACAACAACAACAACAAAAAAGUGUUUAUUAGUAACUUACUGUUAAAUGGUGUACUACUACUACUACUUGUUAGUGUCUUAGAAUGCUCUUUGACACUCUUUUUUUGUAACGGUGUGUAUGUUUAGCUUGAUAUUUUUGUGUUCAUGUGGAUUGUAUUUAGCGCUUUAUUAAUUGGCAGCGUGUUUUGUAAUUUAUUUCAAAUAUUCGGAAGAUUUGCAUCGACUGGAAGUGUCCCUAAAAGAACUUUAAAAAUCCAAACAGCAACAAUAUUACUAAAUAAAUAACCAAAGCCCUGCCUCCUUAAAGAAAGGAGAGGGUAAACGGAAAUAUAAUGAAGCCUAGAAAGAGAGAUAAAGAAAAGCCGAAUGUUGGCGAAAAACCUGGUAUCGGUAGCCAGCAGCACCACAUCUCUUCCAAUCCACACCACCAUCAUGUACAAAGUGGACAUGCUAUAUCUCACAAUAGCACACAUCAUAAUACAACUAAUCACAAUUCUAACACUAAUCAACAAGAUUCUCAAUAUGAAACUAUCAAGGCUGAUCACGAACUUUUCUUGCAAGCUUUUGAAAAACCAACCCAAAUCUAUCGUUAUUUACGUGCCAGAAAUAUUGUUUCACCAAUAUUUCUCCAUCGGAACCUUCACUAUAUGAAACACAGACGAUCUAUUAGUAGUAACAAAAGGAAAGAUUUUCACUUAAGUUCUAUUCUUGUCAAAGUUGAUGCCAAGCUCAGAAAGUUAGCUUUGAAAGAAAGGUACAAAUCAGAAUUUAUGAAUAUUGAGUUCUCAGGCUUUUUUGAUAAACAAGCUUCUUCAGAUGUCGAAACUGUUGAAGUAGAAGUUUUGUUGCUAAAAAUUUGUCAUAAAAAACGAAAGGAUGUGACCUCUCCUGUAAAACAAACUAAGCUUGGCAAAGUUGAAGUGCCUCUGAAUCCACACAAUUUGGACUCAUCUAUACAACCUGCUGCCAACAAUUCAGAACCCAUAUCCAUUUCUCAUGAACAAUUCCACCAUAACAACGGACAUGCCGUCAAGUCUUACGUUCUGGUGUUGCGGGUCCGGUGUCCUGUAAAGAGAUAUCUCUCUAAUGGAUUGUGUAAUGGAGACAUUUUAGAUGGACCAGAUGAGCCUCCACACAAAAGGAGAAAAAACGGAAAGAUGUCUCCAUUUGAAGAAGAUGUAGUUUUGUAUGGUUCUGAGCUGGCCAUCUAUGACAAACACAAACGGUGUCAGAUGACUGACGGUGAUUAUGAACUCUCUCUACAGGAUCUUGGUUCAAAAAUCUCUCCAAAGAAAAAUGCAGCAAACUGGGAGACAAUAGUGGAUGGUAAGGCUAUUGGCCCAUUUGAAGUAUUCAGCAAAUGUCCAACACUAAAAUUUUCUCUAAACUGGACUCAGCACAGUAAUAGCAACAACAAUAGCUGCAACACGUGUGCCAACAGUCAGAAUCGACUUGUGAAAGAUCCUUGUUUGGAAAACACUCUAACUCCACAUGAAUUCCAUAACAACUACAAUCACCAUUAUCAUCCUAACCAUGUGAUACAUUAUGAUGACUCAGGGAUAAAACGUGACACAGUUGUUAACAAAGCUAAAGACACAAGCCAGCCUAGCACUCCAAAGAAAAAAGUGAGAAUAUACUACCAGUUUUAUUAUAACAACAACACACGGCAACAGACAGAAGCUCGUGAUGAUCUUCAUUGUCCAUGGUGCUCUCUCAACUGUAUGCAGUUGUACAGUUUGUUAAAGCAUCUCCGUCUCAGUCAUGCUCGAUUCAACUUUAUGUAUGUGCUACAUCCUAAAGGUGCAAGGAUUGAUGUAACAAUUAAUGAAAGGUACGAUGGUUCUUACGUUGGAAACCCUCAGGAUCUUCAUUCUCAUAUAGGUUAUGCAUUUAGUCGUAAUGGCCCUGUGCGCAGGACGCCUGUCACUCAUGUUAUUGUUUACAGACCAAAACGCCCUGAUCCUUUAUUAUCCGAAUUUAUGGAACCAGAAACAGAUAACCAAAUCAACCGACAGUUUAUUCAGGGACACAAUCGGCUUUACUACCAUACUGUCACAUGUCAGCCAAUUAGACCUCAGGAAAUUGAUAUCGAUAGUGAAGAUGAAAAUGAUCCAGAGUGGUUAAGACAGAAAACAAUAAAUAUGAUUGAUGAGUUCACAGAUGUAAAUGAGGGUGAAAAGGAAUUAAUGAAGUUGUGGAAUCUGCACAUUAUGAAAAACAAUUACAUUGCUGAUUGCCAAAUACCAACGGCUUGCAUGACAUUUAUGGAAGAACAUGGAGAAGCAAUCAUCAGAAAGAACUUAACUCGCAAUUUCAUGCUCCACAUGGUGAACUUGUUUGAUUUUAGCCUAAUUGGACCCGAGGUGGUGCAACGCACAAUGAGUGUGUUGGAGAACUUAAAAGAAGAACUGGGUAUGUAUUGAACGAUGACGACCACUGAACACCUGAAGUAAACAAGAAACAGACGAAAAGAGAAGGCUUGAAUCAGUUGAAAGCCUUUUGCUGACCACUGCCACUUCAUCAUAAAGCACUUCUUAACUUUUAUAGUUUAAGAUUCAUUAUUAACCAUCCUAACACAUCAUUGCCAUCUCUUCUACUGCCAGGCAUUUAUUUACAACCACCACCACUUCACAAAUACAUCUGCUGCCUGCAGUUGAGAAGCUGCGUGCAGCAGUGUUCAUUCCAAAAGAAUAAAGUAUAAUGAUUAUACGACUAAUAAUCUGAAAAAGAACUCGUUUCCUUUUCAUUCCAUUUCUUCACAUCAAGCAUCUCUUAAAUUUGAUAUUUAGCCAUCUCGUCUUCUCUGCCACCUGAAAUGUUUGUGUGUCCGUGUGUCCGUGCGCAUGUGUGAAAGAAAGAAAGAAAGAACGGGAGGGAGAGAGAGAGAUGAGCUGCCAUGUAGGAGUGUUUCGACGUGAAACAAACUAUAACCAUUAGGUAGCAGAGUUUGCUUUAUGAUUUUUCGUAAAUUUGCACAUGCAUCCACAAACAAACAAACAAACACACACACACACACAUACGCUCUUUCUCUCUCCUCUUGGACAAUGAAAUAUAUGUGCUUGAUACUUUAAUAUAUUUUCAGAAAAAAUACCAGAAACUGUGUCAAUAAAAGCAUGAAGUUGAUUAGUUGUGUAAAAGUGCUUUUUAUUUUAUUUUAAUUUUAAUUUUUUUUUUUUUUUAGCAAUGACAGCUUUUUCUCUUAAAUUCUUUCAUCAUCUCCCUCUAUCUUGCUCUCAUGCACUUUGCCUUCCCUCAUCUUCACUUUAGUUCAUCGCUUUCAGUAGUACACACACCAUCUCUCUCUCUCUCAUUACAUUCCCUUCUUCCUCUUCUUUUUCCUCUGUCCCAUCCUUGUGCUCUAUCGCCCUUUCUUCCUCCUCAUAUCUCUUCCUGUCAUACAUCCCACACUGUUAAUUUUAUUUUCCUUUUCACCUUACUCACCACACACACACACACACACACACUCUCUCUCUGAUAUGAAUGAAAGAUUUCUGUAACUUUUUUUUUUCUUUUCUUGAAACAGAAACUGGAAAACUUUUCCUUUUUAAAAAAACUUUAGUUGCUAUUCUUCUAUUUUUUUCCUAAAUUUUAACGCCAUGUUUACCACCUCUGCUACUCAGACACACGAUUCAUCAGCUCUGCUGGAGAUGCUGACCAGG